AUGCCGCAGAACGACCACAUCGAACUUCAUCGAAAGAGGUACGGAAGACGCCUCGACUAUGAAGAAAGACAGCGAAAGAAAUUAGCCAGAGCUAGCCAUGAGAGGUCACAGAUGGCAAAGAAACUGCGUGGUCAAAAGGCUAAGCUUUAUCAUAAGAAGAGAUAUUCUGAGAAGGUGGAAAUGCGAAAGUUGAUCAAACAGCAUGAAGAGAAGCAACAGAAGAGUACCGUGGAAACACCUGAUCAGGGUGCUGUCCCGGCUUAUCUUUUGGAUCGUCAGCAGCAAUCUACUGGUACUGUGCUAUCUAACAUGAUCAAGCAGAAAAGGAAAGAAAAAGCUGGAAAAUACCAAGUGCCUAUUCCGCAAGUAAAAGCUGUCAGUGAUGCUGAAGCGUUCAAAGUUGUGAAAUCUGGCAAGACUAAUAGGAAAGGUUGGAAACGAAUGGUCACCAAGGUUACCUUUGUGGGGGAGUCUUUUACUCGAAAACCCGCCAAAUUCGAACGUUUUAUACGACCUAUGGGAUUGCGGUUUACGAAGGCUCAUGUCACUCAUCCAGAGCUGCAGACUACAUUUUGUCUCCCUAUUGUGGGUGUGAAAAAGAACCCAUCAAGUCAGAUGUAUACGUCAUUGGGUGUGAUCACAAAGGGUACCAUCAUUGAAGUAAAUGUCUCAGAAUUGGGUAUGGUUACGCAAGGAGGAAAGAUUACGGUGAAUGCUGAAGGAGGACUCCUCGAGAUUAUCGAAAGUCGCCAUACUGAAGUAUGUGAUCUUCUACUCGCUCUCGAUCUUUCAUUGGAGGGACUUUUUGGAUUUACGUUUGGGGCAGGUGAAACUGACGUGAAGUCCGGUACCACUGCGUAA